UAUACUGGAAAAUCUGCUUCUUCUUGAUUCAUGCACAUAUGUAUGUAUAGGUAUUAUAACGAGUUCUGCAUAUUUCGUGCUUCAUAGUAGUCAAAUUAGUUGCAGUGACCAAACCGAGAAUUCAUUGGACAGGGUGAAGUUGGAGAAAUUUCAGUUUCUUGGACUUUAUGAAACCAUUGUAAACUCUGUUUUAAUCAGAUUCGAAGGCAAAUAUCAAGCUGCGUUAUCCGCAAGGUUCCAGAUUCAUCUAGGGAUCGUCCAUAUAUUACGUCAUCAAAAUAGUGGGUGGGUGGUUUUCCGAAUUGAUGAUGAUUGUUGACUUGGUGGGUGGGUGGUUUUGCUCUUGAUGAAUCUCUUCCAAAACAGAAGCUGUCAAGUUAAUGAAAAUGGAGAUGUCAAAACUGGAACUUAAAAUCUCCUGAGGAGUACGCAAUAGCUUUGGAAAGCGACAUCGAGAAGGACUGGGUCGAAAUAAAGAAAGAGUACGAGAAGCGGAAACAGAGAGAGGAAGAGUACAUCAGGACACAAAAACUCGCUGAGGAACAACAAAUGAGAGAAUUUGAAAAAGAGGAGAAAAAACGUGAAGCAGCUAAAAAGAUGAAAGCACAGGAAGAAGAAUUUAAUCAGCAGAAAAAGAAAGUGUCCGCAUCACCACAAAAGCCUACCAACAAAAUCAAACCUCAACAAUCGUCAUCUUACACUUCAUUCAAAACCCCAGAAGCAGAAGUCAGGCAAGAAAUCCAAGGACUGGCCAUUGAGUUUGGAUUCUCCAAAGUCAGAGUCGGACGAGUGGUGAAGAACAAGGUCGAGAUUGUGCCCAAUCCGUGGGGAGAGGAAUGGACCCCCACAAUUUUAUCAGUCACUGAAGAAAAUGAAAUCCAAAUUGGAGAAGAGACGAUUACAAAUCAAAACAAGAUACGAAUAGCAGAAACAAUUACGAGUCCAGGUUCUCAAAUAUUCAAACUCUUACUUCAUGGAAAAUAUCAAGUUGUGGCACCAGAAGUUGUGAUCGCAUUGUUUCUCUCGCGAAUUAAGACUGACGUUGAGAAGAACAUUGGGGGCAGCUGGACCCGGACAGUCAUUUCCGUGCCUCUAUGCUUGACAAGUACACAACGCCAGGGUAUGAAAAAUGCAGCAAAAUUAGCCGGAUUUGAAGAGAUCAGACUAAUCAACGAUACUUCAGCUGCUGCUCUCUGCUUCCAAGAAAUGAGAGACCAUAGCGUGGACACGUGCGUCCUAGUGGGAGUGGUACACAACUUCGAUUACUAUUUUGAUGCCGCACUAUAUGGUUGGUGUCGAAUUCAUGGCUCAAACAUGGAAAUGGAAAUGAUAGGCAGUUGUGGAAAUCUACAUUCCACGGGAUCGCCUAAGCCAGGAUUGUUUGAAUCAGUUAAAAUCGGCCUUACUAAUGUAAUGAGAGCAUUGACUGGAAAACAAGCAGAUGAACUAAGAUCUAUAUUCAAAGAUAUGUUUGGAAUGAACAAGGACAAUAUCACGGCAAGCAUUUGUAUCAAUUAUGGAACUAGCACAGAGAUAGAAAAUUUAAUUAGACAUUAUGGCCGCACAACAGAGAAUGUGAGCAUCUCUGUAUUGGGUGGCGCCGCAAUACUUGCUGAGAGGCUGUCGAAAUGUUCUGAAAAUGCUCCAUUGUCAACAUAUUAUAUCAAAGAAAGGGCAACUUACAGAUUUGAAAGGAACUCGCUAAUCCCAGGCAAGACCAAUAUGCCCAGAAUUUUUGAGGCAUAUAAUUCAAUUGUCGGAGCCACAAUUUUCGACGAUCAUACCAUCGGGUCUUUAUCGGAAGGACAGCAAAAAAUUGUCAUCUGGGAAACGUCACAAAAUCUAAGACAUCACGUUGGUACUAUUGUCGUGGAAGGAACUGAUUGCAGUACUUUUAACCCUCGUCCUCCGGAAUAUAGAGUUAAAUUUAGUCUGAGCAAUGAGGGGAUUUUCAGUAUUGAUAAGGUUUAUUAUAAAUAUCUUGCACAGGAGCAUACAAUACAGUACGAAUGGAAGACGCCACUCAUCCCAGAGUCCGACUUGGUCAAGUCGAAAUCAUUUGUGGAGUCCAUGGCGAAAGACGAAAAAAGGGAGUUGCUAGAAAAGACAAAGAACGAAUUGAGCGUCAUAACCGACAAAAUCAAGGAAGGAAUGUAUAAAGUUGAAGGGAGGAUGAUCGCUGAGAAAUUGCUACGUGAAGGAAUAUCGGAAGCCGAAACAAUGCUAAGUCAUCCAAAAACAACCCAAGAGAUGCUGAACAAAAAACUCAUAGUUCUAUCCCGACUUCAAGAAAAGUAUUUGUCAAAUUAACUCAAGUUCAAAAAUUCUUGGUUUGUUAAUUUGUCACAAAUGUUUUAGAUGACGGAUUACGUAUAUACAUUCAUCCUACUCAACUGGUGUCAUUUUGUCUAAAUUGUGUACUUAUAUGUGUGUACUUAUAAUUAUACUUUAUACUUUCAUGUACUUAUUGUAACUAUUUUUGUUUCAUGUUGCGAUAUAGGCAAUGUAUAAGUACAUAUGCAAGUACGAGUAAUGUGAUCAAAUUCACAGUUAUCUUUCAUUGGACCAAUAAAAUAUAAACCUCUACAGAAUACAUAGACAUUUGUACAUAGUGAAUAAUAGUGCGCAAGAAAGCUUAAGAUUUUUUGGAGAAAGUUGAGUAGUGUAAUUUUGGCCUAAUUUCUAAGAUGAACAAAAAUUGACAGGAAUUCUGUCAGACAUGAGAAAUUAAAUAAACUGAUGGUCAAUAUUUAAA